AUUGAAAAAUGAUUAAAUAUCCUGUGCAUGUUAUUUUCUCACCUUGCCCAUAUGUUGCACAGCUUUUAUUACGUCUUCAUAUAUGUAUUAUUAGAGAUGGAGCAGAGAAAUACACGUAUCACAAUAUAGAUAGAAGUAGCUUAUGUAUUAACCCCUUCGUGACCACUAAUAUGCCUUUUUACUGAUGUACAAAGUUUUAAUUUAGUUCUUUAGUUUUUUUUUAGCUAAACAGCUUGCUUUAAUCAAUUAUUACAUGUACUUAAAAUGGUGCAUUAAAAACUAUAACUUGACCUGCAAAAAAUAAGACCUCAUACAAGUACAUUUGGCACACCUUUUAGACUUCAUCAUUUCAGUUGUUACUAUUUAUUGGUUUUUCAGUAGAAAUCUUUUUCUCAACAUACCAGACUGUAUAUUUUACAUCUCAAAAAUGUAAGAUCUUGUGGGCUGUUCUUAGUAUGCGUUGGUUUUUACCUAGAAAAUAGUCAAUUUCAGCAACCAUUGAACUGGCGACUGGGUCAUGGAUGCCAUAGGUUUAUUGCCGAUUAUGGAGAGUGAAGGCUAGCCCCACAGAAGAGAAGGUAAUGCUCAUAUGAUAGGUUUCAGAACAUAGAGUGCUUUGUUGUGUAUGGAGCUACGUGGCAACAGACCGGUCAGAAUGCCCAUGCUAAUCCCUGUCCACCACUGAAAGUGCCUACACUUGGCAUGGUAGCAUUAGCCUGGUCUUUACAGUGCCUGGACUGCCACAUGCAAUCCCAUAGCUUACUUGUUGAGAGAGAUGGCACCAGGAUGCUCUAUAGUAAGAAGACAUUGGGGGAUGGCAGUGUGAUACUGUGGGUCAUGUUCUGCUUGGAGACUUUGGGUCCUAGAUUUUAAGUGGAUGUCACUAUGAUAUUUACCACCUUUUUGUAAACAUUGUUGCAGAUAAAUUGCAUCGCUUCCUGGCAUCGGCACUCUCUAAUUGUAGUGACCUCUUUCAGCAGGAUAAUGCUCCCUGACACACUGCAAAAAUGUUCAGGAAUGUUCUGAGGAACAUGAUCAAGAGUUCAAGGUGUUGACUUGGCUUCCAAAUUCUCCAAAUCUCAGUCUGACCGAGUAUGUGUGGGGUGUGCUUGAAAGCAUCUCCCUAAGAUGGCCUCUGCGGUGAUCUUUGCUAUGUCCUUGAGGCCAUCCUGUAUUUCCCUCACUUCCCAUAACCUUGCUCUCCUCACAUGAACUAGCAGGACCAAUCCGAAUACAGAUAACUUCCCCCACUACCCCAGAGCAGUGUGUAUCCUCUCACAUACAGCUAACCAGAGACGAGACCUGCAAUUGCAUGAAAUCCACGCGAGCACCGCGACGCAAGAGAGGAGUGCCGGCUGUUUCCCUGUGUUUGUCUUCGAUUGAAUCACAGCGCGAGCACCUUCGUACAAAUGUCAUUUGCUUACAGCGAGGAGAGAGCACGGGAGAUUGUGUCUGAGGUCACCACCAGCACGGAGUUCCUGAAGACGCCGCCUACUGAAACCCGCAGUAAGGAGUGGGAGAGGGAAUCAAGGAGGCUGGUAGCGUGGGAGUUGCAUGCAGCUACAUUAGCCGAAUAUUGCAGACACCACAGGAUUCCACGAGGAUUAAGGGUAAAUCUGAGACCCACCUUUUUCUGUGAUAAUAUAGAAUAUUGCACACAGUUUGCGAAUAUACUAAACAAAUGUUCGUAUGAUCUGAUGGUAUUAACCAUUGAACAUCUGAAUACUUCUAUAGCAGAAAUUAAAACUCAGAUAUGUGCUAUUGAGCAACAAUUAAAGGACGCUCUAUCAUUGGAGGAACUUACAUCCUUAAAACAAAGAAUUGAGAAAAAUUGUAGCGAUUUACAAAAGGACAUUGAGGCCACCAAACGUAAGAAAUAUACUAGAGAUUUGGAGGACUAUCAGAAUCAUAGAAUAUACAGAUGGCAAGACUCAUCAGGCACAGCUACUCCAUUGGUUCGUCGUUUUACACGCCGUGGAGGGUCCCAAUCAUCAGGAUCCGGCAGCGACUACAGCAUCAACCAACGUCCCACAGCGUCUUUUUUAGGGCAAAGACGCCGAAGAGGAAGAACACCAGGAGAGCAGGACGCCACUACAGGGGAGCCGCAAGCACCAAUGGCAACGAGAUCCCAGGUAUAAAUGAGACUUUGCUAUUUAAUAUAUCAUCUAAAAAUUUAACUCCUACACAGUUAAAAUUGUUGCAGAAAGGUCUUUCAUUUAGUCCCAUUGAACCAUUUGAUAGUUUUCAAUUUGAUAUGGACUGUCGCCGCUUUUUUAGGAGUAUACGUUUAAAAGCUCAUUUUGCCACCAAAGAUAUGUCGGUCUCCACAUCAAGUAUUCCUACACAAAUAGGUUUAAACUUGAAUCAAUUUGGAUUAAGAUUAAAGAGCAAUUUCCAGCCUCCAAAAAUACAUCAUCCUGCAGAGACCUACAUAUCUUUGGUGCAAAGAGAUUUUGAUGCAAUUAUCUCUGAUUUCCGUCGUGAGGGUUUGGCCAUUGCACAAAAUUUGUCAAAGGAAGAAAGAAAUGCAUUAUACACCAUAUUAGAUGACAAAUCUGUUAUCUUUAAACCUGCAGACAAAGGGGGCUCCUUGGUAAUGUUAGAUAAGGAAUAUUAUGUGUCUGAAAUUUUAUCACAAUUAUCUGACCAUGAUACAUAUCAUCCAUUAGACAGGGAUCCGGUGUUUGAUAUUAAGCGCAAAUUGUCUGAAAUUGUGAAUAGACAUAAGGAGAAAGGGUUAAUAGAUGAUAAAUUGGGUCAAUUCUUAAUUAAUCAACACCCGGUAACCCCUGUAUUAUACACGUUGCCCAAAAUUCAUAAGUGCUUGACAGCGCCACCUGGUCGGCCAAUUGUAGCCUCCAAUGAUUCAAUAUUGUCUGCACCUGCGAUGCUUCUUGAAAAAGUUCUGACUCCACUGAUAAAGAAAACUCCCUCUUUUUUAUUGGAUACCACCCAUUUUUUGUCCGAGAUUAGGAAGGUACAUUUAGAAUCAGGAGACCUUCUAGUUACUUAUGAUGUAAGGAGUUUAUAUACUUCUAUUGAACAUGUGAAAGGCCUUACUGCUGUGGAAUGGGUCCUGGAAUUUUCGGAUCAUAGCGCAGAAGAGAAAAUGUUUUUUCUCCAAUUAUUACAAUUAGUUCUAGAGUAGAACUACUUUUUAUUCCAGGACACAUUCUUCAAGCAGAAACGGGGGAACGCGAUGGGCUCGCAUGCCGCACCGCCAUACGCAAAUAGCUAUAUGGCUUGGUUUGAACAACAUUUUAUAUACAGUAAUUCAUUAUAUAUGCAAUUUUGCAUUUUUUGGCGUCGAUUUAUAGACGAUAUUUUUUGCGUAUGGCGGGGCGGCAUCGAGUCAUUGGAUUUGUUCACUACACAUUUGAAUAAUGUAUGGCCUGAAUUAUCUUUCACAGUUCAAAGUGACUUAAACAAAAUGAAUUUCUUGGACACUUGGGUAAUAAAAGGUUCUGACAAUUCAAUACAAACUGAUCUUCAUAUAAAAAAAACGGAUAAGAAUAGUUUGCUCCAUUUCUCCAGCAAUCAUUCACCAUCGGUAAAAAAAUCUCUGCCUCUCUCACAAUUUAGGCGAGUAGAAAGAAUUGUGUCAGAUGAAGUUUUAAAAAAGACGAGAUUGCAAGAGAUGGCAGAUAAAUUUUUAUCUAGGGGUUAUCCGAAACAGUUAUUGGAUGGUGAGUUAAAGAAAUGUAGUGGCGAGGUAUAUAAAAAAAGACCUUGCAGUGAUACAAGACGGUUACCGUUUAUUGUUAAGUAUCAUCCGUGGAUCAAUAAAUUUCGACACGUGAUCAAUAAACAUUGGGGGAUUGUACGUGCAGCCUAUCCUGAUGUUGCUGAAUUCAGAUAUGUACCCAUGAUUUGCUACAAACGAACUAGAAAUAUUAGGGAUACAAUUGUCAAGGCUGAUAUAGGGGGUAGUAAGAUGCCACGUCAGCUUUUUUUUGUCUACUCCAAAGAAGGGCACUUUCCCGUGUCUGCAGUGUGUCCAUUGCUCAGCAGUAAUUAAAGGUGAGACCUUUUCCCAUCCGCACACAGGUAAAAAAUUCCUGAUUAAGGGAUUUUUUACUUGUGAUAGCAAUUAUGUAGUUUACCUGUUGAAAUGCCCCUGUGGUUUGAUAUAUGUGGGUGAGACAUCUGUCAGAAUGAAAGAUAGGUUCAGUAACCAUAAAUCCAGUAUAAGGAAGAAAAAUCUGCUAUUACCAGUUCCCUUUCAUUUUGACAGAUGUUCUCACAACAUAUCACAAUUAAGAUUUCAAAUUAUUGAACAGAUACAGCAACCACGUAGAGGUGGCAACAGGUUAUUAAUGCUUAAAAAACGGGAAAGCUAUUGGAUUCACACCCUGCAGACUCUGGAACCAAAAGGUCUCAAUCGAGACUAUGAAGUGAGUUCUUUCCUAUAAGGUAUUAAAUACCAUACAUCAAAUAUUGCUCAUUGGUUAUGUAUUUGCUGGUGUGAUUAAUUUUGUUUCUUUUCUUAGUCACAGAAAAAAUGAAAAUUGAAAAUAUUGAAAAUCAUGCGAAAAUAAUUUGCUAAUAAUGCGAAAUAUAUAUAAAAAAAAUGUUGAAUUAUGUUUAGCAUGUAAGAGAUGUAGAUGUCUCAGGAUAUUGACUGUAAACAUUUUAUUUUCAAAUCGGCUUCUGUAUAUCUGGCUGCACUACAUGUCUGCCAUCUUUACUUUUUUCUUUCUUCUUUUUUUAUAAAUAUUUAUAAGUAUGUAUCUAUUAUUGUGAUCACUGAUUGAAGUGAUCCGUCUUCAGUUACAAC